GCUUGUGCUUAUCCACAACUUCUUAGCCCUGCAGCAUUUGUCGCUUGUUCCCCCGGCAUCGUCACCCUGCAAAGACACUUACGAGGUAAUCCUGUCAACGGCCAUGGGUAAUGUUGGCGCGACAAGCCGGGGAGCCAAUCGAAUUCGCCCGUCUCACACAAUGUGCAUUGCCCUGACCCUGGUCUCGUGACGGGUUCUCGACGCUGCAAUUUCUCUCAGACGCGCGAAAGUGGAUUGAUGAUUGCCGCUGGUAUGAUGACAGCGAAGUGUGGAGGCGCCAGGUUCGUUUCCUGGCGGACCGGUGGUGAUACUUGCGCAAAUCCCGCCGUUCUUUGAGUCUCUUCUUCUUUCAACCUUCCCACGACUGUGUCGCGGCCUGUUCUAUCUUUCUGGCUCAAUAGAGCCGUCCAUUCCUUUACGUCUGCGCUCAUAUCUUCUAGUCUUUCCUUCAACCUCAAUUUACUUUCCGAUACUCUAACGAACUUGAAACCCAAGAUGCCCGGGAUGCUUACAAGGUCGAAAUCGCUGAGGUUUCUGAGAAACAAUCGCAGGGAGGCCACGGAGCAAGACAAUGGGGACUCAAUGCCGCCCGUUAAGGGUCCUCAAACAGACUUUGACAAAUACAAGGGAACAACUUCUGAUUCGAGGACUGAAGGAAAUCUAGGAGUUCCGGAUACGGCAAAGCGACCAAGCACGUCAGGCGGACCUGGAGAGCGUCUACCCAUGUUCCAUAAGAAAACAAAUCCUGUAGCAUCGAUCUAUUCUCAGGAUCAUAUCCACUCCUUUCAAUCGCCUACCACUUCCACAACUGUACUCUACAGCCCGGACGCCACGAAAGAGCAGGGAGUCAUUGGAAUCGCUCUUGGUUCGCCUACCUCAAGCUCACACUGGAAAGCGGCAUCUCAGGUGGCGAUAUCAACAGUAGAUCCCAAGUUUCCCGAUUCUUCAAUGGCGAUGUUAAGCCAACCCAACGAUUCCUCAGUUUCCUUGGCCAGCCGCCCGGAAGCACCAAAAUCUAAACUCAGUCGAUGGAAGUCGUUAUUCCGUAAAGCGCCUCCACCUCCAGUGGAAAAGCCCUCAUUCUAUCAGCUGGCGCAGACCGUUGCUGCAGCACCUCGAGCAGACAGCCACCAUGAUGACGAAGUACUCGAACCUCAGGCACCUCAGGCAUCUCAACCGGAGGAAAAGGAGAGGGAGAAACUGCGAAGUGUGUCCCCACCUACCUAUCGACCCAACAUCCGAGCAUCACGCAAGUGGUCACCUGGGGAGUUUGUUCCGCCUCAAUCGCCACCAGAGACGUCUGCGACCAGGGAACGGGCAUUAACGCUCGGAAGUGUCCCAUCACAUGGACCUAAAAAGUCCAUGCAACGAGCUUUUACAACACCGGAUCUAGGAGCACGAGACAUUUUAGGCGACGCCCCCCCACCUGUGCCAAAGGUUGAAGUGUCGAAAACAGGUCCCACCACGUCUGUAGACGACGGGGGGCCUCUUCUUGAUGUCAGUCUUCCAGACAUAACGAUGGAGAGAUACAGUGUUAUGUUCGGAAAUCUUUUGCAGUCAGACCCGAGCCGGUCAUCGCUCUUGGCACGGCGACAAGGCAAUGCUGAGAGGGUCAAGCCACUGCAGGAGCUGUCCGCAAAGCAGGGCAAUGAAAACGACGAAAGUCCUGUAGAUUACAGCCUUCACCGCAGUGUAACAUCGCCCACUCCAGUGUCUGGUUCACCCCGACUCUCGCUGUUCCCUUCCACCAACUCAAAUCGCGCACCAUCACCUCUUUCCGGAUCGAUCAUGAACCGCAGCAGGAAGGAUCUCAAGCGAUCUAAAACAAUGCCUACGAAGUCUCCACUUCAGCAAACCUUCGCCCAAAAUGCAGAGACUCCAACGGUACAUAUUGAUUCUACAAAACUGAAGCCUGCCGCAUCUCCGUACCUGAAGCCAUCAUUGACCCCUACUUCGAUCCGCAGCUUCGAAUCUGAGGCCGAAUCAAUCACGAUUAUAGUUGCUCAGGCAUCACCUGGUCAUUCCAAACCCAUCAAGUUACGCCUCGAUGAGCGAGAGCCCGAGUGGGAGAUUUGCUCCAAGCCUGGCAAGACUGCAAGAAGCGAGAACCUUAUGGUCAACAGUGUGUCAGAUUCCCCACUCUCCCGCUCUCCUUCGCAGAAGCAGCCAAGAGUCACAAAACUCAGUGCGCUCUCAUCACACCCGGCUUCAGCUCCCCUCGACGCACCUUCGCCUCUACAACGAUUGCAAAGUUUGUCAACUCCGCCACAUUCGGCCAGCAGACUUGGUGAGAAGCGUGCAGAGAUUCAAGCGAGAAGAAGGGAAGGAAGGACGGAAGAAGUCGCUACGGCGAAGGCCAUGGUCGGCGUUGCGAGGAGUGUAUCUGUCAGCAGAGCAAACAGCCCAAGAGCUGUGGUUCGUACCAUGACAAGCCCGCAUGAGGAUCGUGUUGUGGAUCGAUUGGCUCUGACCCCUACGAUGGUGGAAGUCAGGAACCGAAAGAGCCAAAGAGUGCAACUUGAGGAUGCCUAGACUUCUUGUCUUUCUUCGCUUCUAAAACUCUUCUUUAACCCGAUUUUUUUUUCUAUGUCCGUCGACGUUGAAUCGCGUUUCCAGCGAUCAGGACUUGGUGUUCCUCUGGCGUUGCGCGCUGACACAGCUCGAGUUGCACAUGCACUCGCCUGUCAUUUUGAUUCAUGCGGUGUGUUUCUUGUAAGCGGGGGUCGUUCUGGUUGCAUUCUCUAGGAGAUCCUUGGGCUUCCUUAUGUGCAUAUAUAUAG